AUGACGACUUUUGGCAACCUCUGGUGGCUGCCGAUGGUGGCUAGUUCUGGGUAUAAAGACAUUUCUGUGAAUAAUGAUAAUAACAAGGAACAUUUCACCGCUACUAUUACUUCAAACCGCAAGCUAAAACCAAUUAGGGUAACAUANGUUAGGGAGGAUGUCGGCAACAUCAAGGAGUACUUGCUGGAGUUGAGGGAAUGGAUUAAAUUGAAGGAGGAGAGGGAUGGGAGUGUGAACCGAGGGAAGGAUAAGGUUGAAUCGUCAGAGAUCCAGGGCAGUAACGAUGAUCGAAACCAAAACCAAUCCAAAUCCAACGAGAGUGGAGGGGAAGAUAGGAAGGUGAGGAAGUUAGAGUUACCAGUUUUUUACGGUGAGGAUCCCCAUGGAUGGCUGUUCCGAGCCGACAGGUACUUUCAGGUGAAUAAGUUUGCGGAGGAGGAGAAGUUGGAAGCCGCCGCAGUGUGCAUGGAGGGACGGGCGUUGAACUGGUUUCAAUGGGUAGAUUCACGAGUGCCAUUUACGGAUUGGCGAGCUUUCAAAAAAGCGGUGAUCGAUCGAUUCAGACCGUCUUACAAAGGCUCCGUGUUUGAAUCUUUGGUCACGCUGAAACAUACCACCACCGUGACAGAUUACCGUGAGCAGUUUGAACUGCUAGCUGCACCCAUGCAAGAGGUUGAAGAAGAGCUGCUUAUGGGCACAUUCACCAGUGGGCUGAAAGAGGAGAUAAAGGCUGAGUUGAGAAUGGUCAGGCCCAAUAAUCUGUUUGAGCUCAUGGACCAAGCCCAUAGAAUUGAGGAGAGAAACUGGGUUUUAGAAAAAAACAAAUGGAAGAUGGGCUGCACCCAAUGGACCAAUAGGCGAGACACUUACAACCGGGUUACACCUGGCCCAGAACCGUUAAAAAUUGGGUGGAUACCCAAUACGAUCAAACCCCCAGAUCGUUCUUCUUCUUCUUCUUCUUCUUCUUUUCAAACGCGAGCUGUAAGGGAAGAAAAGUCUCUUGCGUCAACGCCACCCACAACUCGCGACACUAGUUUUCGACGACUCACCGACGCCGAACUACAGUACAAGAGGGAGAGAGGACUUUGUUACAAGUGUGAUGAGAAGUUUGGGCCAGCUCACAAGUGCAAAAAUCGCACUCUUCAGAUUUUGUUGGUCGCGGAUGUCGAGGAGGAGCUAAGUGAAUCUGAAAAAAUGGAGACAACCGAGGUAGAAGACAUCGCAGAAGCAGAUCUGGUAGCUCUAUCCAUGCACUCCAUUGUCGGCUUGACGUCAACCACCACUCUGAAGCUUCGGGGUGAACUGCAGGGAUCAGAAGUUAUUGUGAUGGUAGACAGCGGAGCUUCGCACAACUUCAUCUCCCAAGAUCUAGUACGACAGUUGGGUUUAAAGGUGCAGGAAACAAGGGCGUUUGGUGUUAUGGUUGGAAAUGGGUAUACCGUGCGAAGUACAGGGGUUUGUAAGGGGUUGGAGUUAGCCAUGCCGGGACUCACGGUUGUGCAGGAUUUUUUUCCUUUUGAUUUGGGAGGGGCUGACAUUAUACUCGGGAUUACCUUGUUAAGUACUUUGGGCGAUGUUUGCGCAAAUUGGAAGUGUCUUACCAUGAAAUUUGAAGUGGAUGGGAAACCAAUGGUACUUAGGGGUGACCCGUCGUUGGUGAAAAUAGUGGUGUCAUUGAAAGCUAUGCUGAAGUCCUUACACCACGAGGACCAUGGGUUUAUGGUAGAAUUUUGCUCCAUUGUGCAGCAAGAAGCCAAGGAGGUCAAGGUCAUGAAUCCCCAUGUAGACACUCUCUUAACUGAAUUCGCGCCCAUCUUCGAGCAGCCUACAAGUCUGCCUCCACUUAGGCAGCAGGACCAUGCAAUCACCUUGAAGGAGGGAGUAUCCAUAUCGAAUAUCAGACCCUAUCGUUAUUCAUAUACACAAAAAAAUGAGAUUGAGAGGUUGGUUGGGGAAAUGUUGGCAGCCGGCAUUAUUCAACCAAGUAUUAGCCCCUUCUCCAGCCCGGUGUUGUUAGUCCGGAAGAAGGACGGCAGUUGGCGUUUCUGUGUGGAUUAUCGGGCAGUGAAUGACAUCACCAUACCCGAUAAGUUUCCAAUUCCCGCCAUUGAUGAGCUCCUGGAUGAGUUGGGAAAUGCCGUCAUAUUCUCUAAAUUGGACCUCAAAUCUGGGUAUCAUCAGAUUCGGGUUCGUGAAGAAGAUGUUCCGAAAACGGCUUUCCGCACACACGAAGGGCAUUACGAAUUCUUAGUGAUGCCUUUCGGGUUGACUAACGCACCAUCGACCUUCCAAGCCCUGAUGAACGACAUUUUCAGGCCAUUUCUCCGCAAAUUUGUCCUGGUAUUUUUUGAUGAUAUCUUAAUUUACAGCUCUAAUCUCUCUGUUCAUCUAUUGCAUUUGCGCCAGAAUGGAGUCGAAGCCGACCCUGUAAAAAUUGAUUGCAUGUUGUCUUGGCCUACCCCUAAGACAGUGAAGAGUUUACGUGGCUUACUGGGGCUUACCGGGUACUACAGAAAAUUUGUUAAGAAUUAUGGUCAGAUUGCACAACCAUUAACACAAUUGCUAAAGAAAGACUCCUUCAAGUGGAACCCUGAAGCACAGCGGGCUUUCGAGUGCUUACAGCAAGCCAUGGUGUCGGUUCCCGUGUUAGCUACACCAAAUUUUACUGAGCCUUUUGAAAUACAGACGGACGCUUCAGGCCUAGGUAUGGGAGCUGUUUUGGUGCAACAUGGCCGUCCUAUUGCCUUUCUAAGUAAAGCUUUUUCCCCCUCGGCCCGACAGAAAUCAGUUUACGAGAGGGAGCUCAUGGCCAUUGUGUUCGCAGUGCAUAAAUGGAGCCAUUAUCUGAUCGGCAACAAAUUCAUCGUUAAGACGGACCAACGAAGUUUGCAGUUUUUGACAGGACAAAGGCCAAUCACUCCGGAACAACAUAAAUGGAUUUCUAAACUUUUGGGGUACAAGUUUGAGAUUCAGUACAAUCCGGGCAGUUCUAACAAAGUCGCUGAUGCUCUCUCCUGA